AGGCAUGCAAGUUUUUUUAUUUAUGCAAGAAAUUAGAACAUAAUUUGAAGUGAUAAGUAAUUAAAAAUUGUUUAUAAUUGUGAAUUUUGUGAUUUUUUUAAACUUUAGCUGUUCUGCCUGAGCAUCUAGUGACGAGGUUGACAUUUGGGCUUUCGAUUAUUCGUUGAAUGAACAGAAAUAAAUAAAUUGUGUCAUUGUUUUCGUAACAAUAUCUAAGUGGGUUAAGUUACUCAAGGUUUGACUGGCAUGGCAGUUUUAUCAAAAGUUUGACAUGUAAGGCAAUAAAUUGUUUUGUUUUGGUCACAUGAAUACUUGAAUUUCUCAAGAAUUUGUUCACAUUUUUCUAUCAAGUGCUCUCUAUAUCAGAAUACCAGUGAAUGCCUCAAGUGCUUUUCAUCUAUGCGUCAGUUCCUCUCAUAUGUUGACAAUUUAAGAAGUUCCACAACGGCCAUCUGAAGUUGAUAAGUGAAUACCUGAUAAAACAAUGGGCUCCAAAAUAGAAUAUGUUGAGUCAAGCCAGAUGUAUGCCACCAACUAUGUGAGAAAUUCCAAAGCAAUUGGAAUGUUGUGGGGUGUCUUUACAAUUUGUUAUGCCAUAAUUAAUGUAGUUGCUUUCUUCUCUCCGGAAUACAUUGGGGCCACUCUUGACUCGGAAAAUCCAGCACACUUUGGGCUGUGGCAGAGCUGUUACUUUGGAAAUAGUUUCAACGGUGGUGAAGAAUGUCUAGGUCGGCUAAGCGAUUUUUCAACGAUUCCUAGUUCUGCGUUCAAGGCAGCAACUGCAGUCGGAGCAGUCUCUGCUGCGACUGCACUACUUGCAAUUUGCUGUAUGCUCUUGUUCUUCUUCUUUCAAUCAACCACAGUAUUUUACAUCUGUGGACUUCUGCAAGUUGUCUCAGCGGUGUGUUUGGUUUCAUCCGUAAGUGUCUAUCCAUUUGGCUGGGAUUCUCCUCAUAUCAAGAGGACCUGUGGACCUCAGGCUGGCCGAUUUGAACGAGGUGACUGCGAAAUCCGAUGGGCUUACCUUCUAGCCAUUAUCGGCUGUCUAGACGCUGUUAUUUUGGCAGUGCUAGCCUUCAUUUUGGCCUCAAAACAUGUCAAACUCCAACCUGAACCUGUUUAUGGAAUGAAUGGUUCAGUUUAUAAAGGUGAAGUGAACAAUGGAUUUAUGGGAGACGCCCACUCAGUAGCUGGGUCUCGUAAAUCGCUAAACCUCCAUCCUGUUAUGCUUAUCCCGCAACCAGAUGCACACGGUCAUCCUGACCACUACUCGGAAUUCUCGAAUCGCACAGGAAGAUCUAAGUCAUCAGCUUAUAGAGCUGAGUAUGCCUCCAGCAUGCAGAACUUUCAACUUUGAUUGUGGCCGUUCAUGUAAAAAUAGUUUCUUUUCGAACUUGGAAUUUUGAAUCUCAACCAAAUUAUAAGACUUCUGAAAUUAAAAAUGACCCCUGAGGAAACUCCAUAGAGAUAGUGGCGUCAAAUUUCUUUGGGGAGAGACAUGGGGCUGAGCUCUGAAAGUAUACGGUUUUCCACUCAGAUGAAGAGGAAAGCGUCAAUAAUAUGAAUGAAGAGCUGCAUCAUUCAACAUCAAAAGUGGUUCCUGUGUCCAAAAAAGUCCAAUUAAUUACUUUAUCAAUAGAUUUAUGUAUCAUUUCAUUAAAGUCUCGUCCAGAAUUUUUCAUGGCAAAUUUUUUUGGGAAGUUAGCUAAAUGAUCAAAAUAUUUAAAAAACUAGUAGAGCCAUUAAUAAUUACUCAAUUUCCAAUACACUGCGUACCCAUAAUUGUACUCAAGUGUAAAACUUCAUAAGUUCUGUUGACGCUGGACAGAGUCUCUCAAGGAUUCUGAGGGCCACCUUCAUUUUUUAUUUAAGAGUAUACUCUUUUUUUCUUCUUUUUUUUUAAAAAAUAAAAAAUGCAUUGCAACUUUGCACUUGAAACAUUCUACCUGUAUCUUUUGCAUUGUUUUUGUAUUAAAUUACUUUUCUCAUCUGAGUUUUCCAAACGUACAAAAUUCAGAGUAAUGUUAUCUGAAUGCUGUAUGUUAUUUUUAUUGUGAUCCUCUAUUGUAGAGGCAAUACAGCGACCCUUUUUUCAAAUAUAAAUCAUAAAUACUGUGACAAAUGCUCAAACAACUUAUAUUCUUGAAGAAAAAAGUGUACGCAGGGGUGCAGAAAAAGUGCAAGCAUGCCAACUGGGGCUGGCGCGUGGCAGCAGGAAAUUCAAGAGAAUUUGAGGAAAUUUUCUAAUGAAAGGAGGCUUUUUUUGGUUUUAGUGAAAAGUGAUCUAAAACCAUGAGAGCAUGCUGCCUUCUGAAUUUUUUUCUUUUUUAAGUCCUUUUGACAAAUUUGUAGAUGAUAAAAUGUUGAGGUUGAGAUUGCUAAUAAUAUUUGCUCCAAAAAACUUUCUGCACACCUGAAUGUUUGCUAAUUUCUAUCAGUGGUGUAACUAGAAAACCCUGUAUUUAGGUUUGCCACAUUGUAAAUUGUUUGUUACUUUCUAUUUUUGACCAUAGCUUUCAUCUCCUACUUAAUUUAUAUAUUUUUUUUACACCCAAAUUCUAUAAAUAUUUCAUGCUAGUUUUUUCUUGGAAAAAUAAUAUGAAAGCGCACAUUUUUGAACGCUGAAGUAAAAUUUAAGGGUUUUCUAGUUCACCAUUAAUAUAUUGUCCUCUUUCAGAGAAGUUUAUGGAAGAGAGAUGCUGAUAUUUUUUACGAUGUCCUUUUAAGGCUUUUUUAUGUCUUUGUACUUAAUGCUUGUAUUUUUUUAAGUAAACUGUUCAAUAUUUUUGUAUGAAAUUUGUUUCAACGUUUGUGUGAGUGAUUUUGACGAAUCUCUGUGAUAAAAAAGUCUUCCAAUAGAAAGCCAUUAUAUUCCAUGAGAAAAAACAGAAGAAGGAUGAAUUUUAGCGCAAUUUAAAAAAUGUCAAUUUUCAAAGACUUGGUUGCAAUUUUAAAGUGGUCAAGAUAAUGUAUUGACAGUGAAAUUGCAAAAAUGCAUAUCUUGGUUUGCAACAGCACAGACUUCCUGUCUUAAUUUAUUUUCUUAAUGGAUUAGUGCUUAACGUCAAACCUUGAAAACCUUCAUGAUUUUUUUUCCCGAUUUGAAGAAUAUCCUAAAAAUAACAAGCCAUAGUGUCGGUUUGUUUCAUGUAUUGAAGUGAUGACGGACAUUUUGAAACGGCUGCAAUCAAGGUACGAAGUUUCACUGUCGAUGAGCUUUAAAUCGUGACUAAAUGAUUUUAUCGUAAGAUAACAUGGAAAAGUAACGUUUUGUUGUCAAAGAGAGUGAAUGAUCUUAACUUAAUGCUUUAGUUUUAGUUUUAAAUUACAUCAGCUGCUGGGAUGAAAAAUGAUCAAAUUUUAUGGAAUUAUAUGUUUAUCCAUUGCAUAUUCAAAUUGCCAUUACCGGUAGGUUUUUGCAUAAAUGAAACACCAGACCGGUUUAAUUCAUCUCCAUCCAGCCAAUUAGAGGCACCGUUUUCCCUACGUUAGUCUUGCUUAAAGUGGACUGAAAUUGCUUUGAAUCCAAACGGCCUGUUGAUGCAAUCUCUUUUUUAAUGUUAAAACAUGAACAAAAUAUUGUCCUUCAAUUGUUCUGUUUGUAACUCUAUGAAACCGUCCAUUUUUUCUUGCUGAUUUUAAUAAUUUUUCUCUUUUGAAUACAAUGAUAUUUCUCUUCUACUACUUAAGUUCUAUUUUUUUUCAAUCUCUGUGCAUUGUGGUUAAUUUUUUCUUUUUUUGAGCAAUUUGCAAUACAUGAUGUUCUUGGAAUCAAA